AUGACAGCUAUUUUGCCUACUCAGUUUACGUAUCGAUCUUUUAACAACUUAAGCCUAGUUUUGGGGCAUCCCACCUACCAAACUGUUAAAAAUUUCCAAGACGGUAAUAUCAAAACCUUUCAAUACAGCAAGGAUGCUAGAUAUAUUAGUUUGGCGUCACCAGAAAGCGUAAAGAUUAUAGACUCUAAUAAUGCAGAGCCUCGUAGCGAAAUCGAAAAGAAAAAUAUUGUUGAAAUCGGAUUUUCUCCAAAGGGGACAUAUAUUUCCACGUGGGAGAGGCCAGAAUUUAAUCAUAUGGGAAACGGCGACCGCGCAAAUGUUGAUUCAAUUUACGCAAAAGAGAAUGUUCAAUGGACUGAAGAUGAAUCGUUCUUUAGUCGUAUGGUUACUGGUGAAGUUCAUUUCUACGACAGCAAGCGUAUUGACAAAAUUCAUGCCAAACUACGGUUAGAAAACAUCGUUGAUUUUUCCCUGUCUCCCGGAAAAAAUCCAUCCAUAGCCGUAUUUAUCCCAGAAAAAAAUAGUGCUCCAGCAUCUGUUCGUAUUUAUUCGAUAACCAACUUUAAUUCUUCAUUGGCACAAAAAACUUUUUUCAAAGCCGAUAAAGUUCGAAUGCAUUGGAACGAUCUUGGUACGAACUUACUGGUUCUAACACAAACUGAGGUGGAUAAGACGAAUAAGUCUUAUUACGGAGGUAAUUGGCAAUCUCUUAACACAACAAAAAGUCCAACUUAUAUUUCUUAUCCGUGGCUGGCAAUUAUGAUUGCUGUGUCCAACUUAGAUGGUCCAAUACAUGACGUCGCUUGGAGUCCAAACUCUAAAGAAUUUAUAGUGAUUUAUGGAUACAUGCCUGCCAACGCGACAUUAUUCGAUCAUCGCGCAAAUCCCAUACAUGAAUUCGGCGUCAAUCCUCUUUUCAAAAAUGUUGAAUUCUUAACAUUAGAAUUCAAUAAUAAUUUACUGAUAUUGAUAGCCGGUUUCGGGAAUCUUGCCGGAACAAUAGAUAUUUGGGAUCGUGAGAAUUUGAAAAAAAUAUCGACCAUAGAAGCUACUAAUUCGUCUGAAUGUUUUUGGUCGCCUGAUGGACGUUAUAUAAUGACUGCAAUUCUAAGUCCCCGUCUACGAGUUGAUAAUGGUUAUAAAAUUUGGCAUUAUACCGGUGUACUAGUACAUGAUGAGAGUAUUCAGGAAUUAUUACAGGUUCAAUGGAGGCCAGCUAGUGUAGAACUAUAUCCAAUGCGUACCUUAUCACCACCGCCUAAAGUUUCGGAGGAUUCUGCCGCAUUAGCUGCAAAACCUUCACCAGCUAAGAAAGUAGGCGCUUAUCGACCUCCACAUGCACGUGGUACAGCAACGCCAGAUAUGUUUAAGCGUGAAGACGAAGCAAGUAAGCGUUUGCACGUACAUGGUCAUGGAAAUAAACCUAUACCAGUAGGAGCAUCUGAAGCCGCUGUCAAAAACAAAAAGAAGCGUGAAGCGGCAAAGAAAAAAAAGGAAGAAGCAAGUCUUGCUUCUGAAAAUAGUGGUGCAGCAUCACCGUUACCACCAAUAUCAGCACCAACUCAACAGGUUAUUAAUAAUGGUAUAAUAGAUGUUACUGAAACAGUUAAAGAACCUAUAGCAUCAAUUACAUCGACAAAUGGAAUAUCCCAGGGCGGAAGUUUAUUAUCAGAAACAGAUAAAAAGAUUCGAAAUUUAACUAAGAAGCUAAGGCAAAUUGCUGAACUUAAAGAAAGGCAACAAAAAGGUGAUAAAUUAGAACUGACACAGUUACAAAAAAUUGCCACUGAGGCUGCAUUACGCAAAGAAUUGGACAUGCUGAAAUCUUAA